ACUACAUGGUGUUUGACCCGACCCACAACAUUGCUACUGGAGACCAGUUCCAGCUCCCAGCAAACACCUGGGAUGAUCUUAACAUGUUUGUUCACAAGAUUGGCUUCAAACUGGUGAUUGGUCUCAACCUGGUGCUCCGCAACGGAACGAGGUGGAACCCAUCAAAUGCAAAGCUGCUGCUCAAAUAUUCCUCUGACAAAGGAUAUCCUUUUGCAGGGAUUGAACUGGGAAAUGAACCAAACUUGUAUUUCCGACAUCGGAACAUUACAAUCAGUGAUGCUCAGGUGGCAAGUGACUUCAAGGAGCUGAAACAAGUCCUCCAAGGAACGGCCUAUAAGUCUAGUCUCAUCCUUGGACCUGACAUAGCCGGUUAUAAAGACAAGGUCAUUAAAAACUUCCUGUCCUUGGGUGGAGCCAGUGUCAUAGACGUCUUGACCAUCCAUCAUUACUACUUUGAUGGACACACCGCCAAACUCGAAGACUUUUCUGACUAUACAAUAAUGGACCGUCUUAUACCUGAACUACGGUCAGUGAUGAACACAGUCCGAAGCUAUCAUGGUCUGGUGGCGUGGCUAGGGGAGACUUCUUCUGGCUAUGGGGGCGGCACUCCUGGUAUAGGCGAUAGAUAUGUGGCAGGCAAUCUGUGGCUUGAUAAACUAGGUGUAUCAGCAAAAUAUGGUUUUAAAAGGGUCCUCCGCCAGUCACUCUUUGGAGGGCACUACUCGCUUACUGACAGCAACAACGACCCUACUCCUGACUAUUGGUUGACGCUUCUUUACAAGAGACUUGUUGGCAACAAAGUAUUUGAUGUUCCAUCUUCAUCUACUAGCAUCCGACUGUAUGCCCACUGUACGAAGCUUAACAACGUAUAUAACUACAAGCCUGGAAGCAUCACAGUGUAUGCCCUCAACUUGAAUAAAGACCCCAUACUCCUAACUAUAUCGGAUCUGAACAUCAAUAGCAUGGACAGAUUCUGGCUGACUCCGGAGGGAGGAGACCUUACGUCAACAAAAGUCCAACUCAAUGGCAACACUCUGGAACUUGUCAAUAACCAAAUACCACACAUGAUGCCAAGAUCUUUGGGAAGUGGGACCAUGAAAGUACCCGGAAACUCAUUUGGCUUCAUCGUCAUCCCUGACGCCAACAUUGCGGCAUGUCAAUCACAAGGCCACGGUACCAUUAUCGGAUAACUGAACCAGCAUUAUUUUCCUAUUACGUUUAAAUAAAUUAUUUACAAAGGCU